AUGGUUGUGAAGGCUAUUAGCAGGGUGUCGUUGCCGGUGAAUGGUGUGUCUACUUUUGUGUUACCAUGUUGUAAGAUAACGUUACAGUAUUGUAAUUGGGGUGGAUCUUCGCAAGGCAUGAGACAUUUUUUGAAAUCUUCCAGAUUGGACAAGCUAGCUACGAAAUACCCUUCUAUUGAGUUCAAUAUUAUUAAGAAGUCGGGCCAUCCUUUGGUCAGGGCCAAGUAUACGAAUGGACGAGAGAAAGUAGUAUGCGUGGGGAAUAUGAAUAUUGAUAAUGUUGAGAACAAGAUUUUGUUGUUAAAAGAUUCUAGUGGAGAGCAAUUGAUGAAGUUAAGCAAGAAUGACAAUGUGAGAAGUCUGAACGGCAGCGUAAGAGGUGUAUGGUCACCGUUCCAUAGUGCAUUCAAACAUAAAGUGUAA